CUGAAUCUUCCCAUUACUACCUAAUUCACUCCCCAAAGUCAAACUGCAGCCUGCUAAUCUGCCCUGUCAUAGGCUUUUCUUGAGUCCUUAUCAGCCUUCCUCAGUGGGUAAUGUUAUGAAGACUGGGAGAGUCUGGCAGGGUUCCUGCUCCUCCCAGGCUGAUAUCAAAGAGCCACAGGACUGUGACAAAAAGCAAACAUUCAGAGGAAAGCCAGAUGUGGAACCGAAACAACAAGAGGAGAAGCAAGAGUAUCAGGACACAGGAGCUGCUGAGAUGGAAAGUCUCCAGACCAAUACGGAAAUGCUCUAUCCUGAGAUCAUUGUAGACGUGGGCACAGUGACUUUUGGAGAGGAGAACCGGAAGAAGAUGACCAAUAACCAGUUGAAAAGAAAUGAGAAUUCUAAAAUCAUCCAAGCCGCCUGUGCACUGUUGAAUUCUGGAGGGGGUGUGAUCAAAGCGAAGAUUGAUGAUAAAACCUACAGCUACCGCUGCCACGGGCUGGGACAGGAUCUGGAGACUUCUUUUCAGAAGCUCCUUCCUUCAGGCUCACAGAAAUACCUUGACUACAUGCAACAGGGGCACAGUCUCUUGAUUUUUGUAAAGUCAUGGAGCCCAGAUGUUUUCAGCCUCCCCCUAAGGAUCUGUAGCUUGCGUUCCAAUUUAUAUCAGAGAGAUGUGACGUCCGCCAUAAACCUGAGUGCUAGCAGUGCCCUCGAACUUCUCAGACAGAAGCAGUCCAGAGCCCAAAGAGGAAGACCAAGGGUGAAGGAGCUGCGUCCUCAGAAAGUUCUUGACAGACACAUUCAGGAAGAGGAAGAUAUGAGACUGUCUGCCUCAGAAUUUCUUAAAAAGGACAGACUCAUGUAUAAAGAGAAACUCAACUUUACUGAGUCAACACAUGUUGAGUUGAAAAGGUUCACCACCAAAAAGAUUGUCCCUAGGAUUAAAGAAAUGUUGCCUCAUUACAUUUCUGCAUUUGCCAACACCCAUGGGGGAUACCUAAUUAUCGGGGUAGAUGAUAAGAGCAAAGAAGUGUUUGGAUGUAAGAGAGAAAAAGUGAACCCUGACUUAUUAAAAAAAGAAAUAGAAAACUGCAUAGAAAAACUGCCUACAUUCCACUUCUGCCAUGAAAAGCCAAAGGUGAAUUUCACUACCAAAAUCUUGGAUGUCUACCAAAAGGAUGCCCUGUAUGGUUAUGUCUGUGUUGUUCAAGUGCAGCCCUUCUGCUGUGUGGUAUUCACAGAGGCUCCAGAUUCGUGGAUCAUGAAGGGCAGUUUGGUUGCAAGGCUGACAGCAGAGGACUGGGUGGCUAUGAUGCUGGAUAUUCCACCAGCUCCCGCCAGUUUGGCCAUAGACCACAGCCUUCCCCCGAUUUCACCAGCCUCCUCUGCACUAAGAAGAUCAUCAUAUCCUAUGAAAGUCCUGGAAUUUAAGGAGGUUCUACAACAACGUUUGCUUCCAGUGACACAGGAAGAGAUACAAUUUAAACCAGAAUCCCUCUGUAAGACGCUGUUCUCAGAUCAUAAAGAACUGGAGGAAUUCAUGAAGACACAGAUACGUCCUAUCUCGCAGGGGAUUGUGAUAUUUUCUCGAAGCUGGGCUAGUGAUAUUGGCUUAAGGAAAGAGCAGAAUGUCUUGUGUGACGCUCUCCUAAUAGCGGUGAACAGCCCGCUGGUACUCUAUACAAUCUGGGUGCACCCGAGUGGGCCCGAAGGGCCUGAGUAUGCCCGAACCACUGCUCGUCACUUAAAGCAGAAACUGGGAACUAUUGGUGGUUACACGGGGAAAGUGUGUGUCGUUCCGAGACUCCUGCACCUGCCGGGCACACAGCCUAGACCCUGUGGAGUCCCUGUGCACUACCCCCAAUCCUACCAGCUUGCUGAUGAGGAGGAAAUGGAAGACUUGUUGCAGGCCCUCAUCGUGGUGGUCUUGCUGUGCUCUCGAUCCCUUCUGAGUGACCGGCUGGGCUGUGAAUUUUUCAACUUGCUCAUAGAGGAGCAGUGUGAGUUGCUUUCAGAGAGCCUUCAAGAGACACGAGAAUUGUUCAUCCACUGCUUCCCAGGAACCAGGAAGACAGCCCUCGCCAUAAAGAUCAUGGAGAAAAUCAAGGACCUAUUCCACUGCAAACCAAAAGAGAUCCUCUAUGUUUGCGAACAUGACUCCUUAAAGGAUUACGUGGCCCAACAAACCACCUGCCAGGCUGUGACGCGGAAAACCUUCAUGCAAGGGGAGUUCCUAAAGAUUAAACACAUAGUGAUGGAUGAGACGGAGAAUUUCUGCAGUGUAUAUGGUGAUUGGUACAAGAAGGCUAAGAGUAUCACCCAUCCAGAGGUGAGGGGAGCUGGAAGGAGAAACCUUCACCAUGGGGUUCUCUGGCUUUUCCUGGACCCCUUCCAAGUCCAUCAUGCUGAUGUCAACGGCCUCCCCCCUCCAUCUGCUCAGUUUCCUCGGAAAACAAUCACCAAAGGGAUCCACUGUUCUCUGGAAAUAGCAAUGGUCAUGAAACAAGAAAUGAAGAAGACCAAAGAAAGUCCUCCCUCCGACAUGUUUCUGGACACACUGGCACUGUUCAGGGAAGCUGCCUACGAGGAAGCAAUCCGUGCCCAGGCUCUUCCUGGGGUGUGUGAAACAGAGACCAACCUGACAAUAGAACAAAUUGCGAAGUACGUGGCAGAAAGAUGUCACAGCCUGUUCCAAUGUGGCUAUCUGUCCAAAGAUAUAGCAAUUCUGUGCAGGAGAGGGGAGGACAGAGGACGCUAUGAGCUUGCACUGCUAAAAGCAAUGGAAUUAAUUGAGACCCACAGAGCAACAGAAGUUGUGUUCAGCCAGGCCUCUGGUGUUUUGGGCAGUCACAUCAUUUUAGACAGCAUUCAGCAGUUUUCAGGCCUAGAGAGGAAUAUUGUGUUUGGGCUUAGUCCAGAAUGCAGUCCUUCAGAGGAAACUCAUAAGCUCUCCUUUGCCUCAAGAGCCAUUAAACACCUCUACCUGCUUUAUGAAAAGAGAACAGCUUUCCCCUCAGUCCUGACCGGAACAGAUCAGGACUCCAGGAGUUUUGUCUCUAACAUCCCAACCCGGAGGAAUCUUCGAAUUCCCAAGAACAUCUGGAGGUGUGUGCCUGGGAAGAAAGUGGACCAAAGCAUGGCUCACUCGGAGAGCAGAACGAACAUGAAGAAACAUAAUCCAUCUCUGGUGGUAGAAUUAUCUUACCCAGACUUGGUCAUCAAUGUAGGAGAAGUAACUCUUGGGGAAAAAAACAGAAAGAAGCUGCAGAAAACUCAGAGAGAUCAGGAGAAGGAGAAAGUUUCGCAGGCUGCCUGUGCUUUGUUAAACUCAGGAGGAGGAGUGAUUCGGAUGGAAAUGGCUAACGGCAAUGAGCAACCUGUGGAGAUGGGGCUGGAUUUAGAAGAGUCUUUGAGAACACUUAUUCAAUCUUCAGAUUUGCAGGCUUUCUUUGAGUAUAAUCAACAAGGGAGGUGUUUUUACAUUUUUGUUAAAUCUUGGAACACUGACUUGUUCCCUGAAGAUGGUUUCAAGCCCCGCAUUUGCAGCCUGGAUUCUUCUUUACACCGUAGAUCUGGCACCUCUGUGCUUCCCAUGAAUUCAGGAGAGGCAUUUCGUUUCCUGGAAACCAAGAAAGGAAAUGCAAAACUUUUGGGGAAAGAACCUUCUAAUAAAAUUCUCAGGGUUGCAAAGCAAAACUUCCAUGACUCGAAUCCUGCUCACCUAAUUUUCCAAAGAGACCGGCUUCAGCGUGGUGAAAUCCUGCCUUUUCCUGAGUCUCAAUAUGUAGAGUUUAAACAGUUCUCUACGAAACGCACCCCAGACCGUGUAAAAGACAUAAUUCCAAAGUACAUAUCUGCAUUUGCAAACACUGGGGGAGGCUAUCUUUUUAUUGGAGUGGAGGAUGAGAGUAGGAAAGUUCUGGGAUGUGCUGAAGAAAACAUUAAGCGUGAGGAUUUGAAAAAGGAAAUAGAAGAUGCAAUAAACAAAUUACCUCAUUUCCAUUUUUGCCAAUCCCAAUGCCAGCUAACUUUCACAGUCAAAUUCUUGAAAGUGUUAUCCGAGGGGCAGUUGUAUGGAUAUGUUUGUGGGAUCAGAGUGGAGCCAUUCUGUGGUGCAGUGUUCUCAGAAGCUCCCAGGUCAUGGAUGGUGAAAGACAAGGAAGUCUGCUGCCUGACAACUGAGGAAUGGCUACGCAUGAUGAUGGACACAGACCCAGACCUUCUGAAAUUGUCCGAAGACUUUAAAUCUCAGCUGAGUCUGUCUAGCAGGCCUCCUCUUAGCAGACCAGUGUUCUCCAAGAAAGAAGUAGGAUACAAGGAAGAUCUCCAGCAACUUUUAUUUUCAGUAUCAUCAGAAGACUUGCAAUUUACUCCCAAAUCUCUCUUGGAGGAGCUGUACUCAGAGCAUGAAGGCCUGGAGGAAUUACUAAAGAAGCAAAUGCAUUCUUUCUCCCGGGGAAUUUUGAUCUUUUCUAGAAGCUGGGCUGUGAACCUGAACUUGCAAGAGAAACAGGGAGUCAUUUGCGAUGCUCUGCUGGUAACACAGAACAGCCCCCCCAUUCUCUAUACCAUUCUCGGGGAGCAGGAUGCAGAUGGGCAGUUGUACUGCACCCGUACCGCCUUUACCUUGAAGCAGAAGCUGGUGAACAUGGGGGGCUACACCGGGAAGCUGUGUGUCAUGACCAAGGUCCUCCAUCUGAGUCCUGAGAGCAAUGCAGAGUCCUUUGAAGGUUCAGACUCUCUGAUUAAGUAUCCUGAGUCCUACUACCUCGCAGACACCAAGCAAAUGGAAGCCUUGCUGCAGUCCCUUGUGAUUGUCUUGCUCAGCUUCAGGUCUUUCCUGAGUGACCAGCUUGGCUGUGAGAUUUUAAAUCUGCUCACGGUCCAACAGUAUGAGAUCGUCUCAAAAAACCUCCGCAAGACCAGAGAAUUGUUUAUCCAUGGUUUACCUGGCUCAGGGAAGACAAUCGUGGCCAUGAAGAUCAUGGAGAAGAUCAAGAAUACGAUGGGUUGUGAGAAAAAUGAAAUUCUCUAUGUUUGUGAGAACCAGCCUCUGAGGGACUUUAUUGGUAAAAAAGAUAUCUGCCAGGCAGUGACCCGAAAAACCUUCAUGAACAAAAACUCAAACUUUGAAAACAUUCAACACAUCGUCAUCGAUGAAGCUCAGAAUUUCCGCAAUGAGGAUGGGGGCUGGUAUAAGAAGGCAAAAACCAUCACUCAGAGAGGAAAGGAUGGCCCUGGAAUUCUCUGGAUCUUUCUGGACUACUUUCAGACCAGUCACGUGUACUGCAGUGGCCUCCCCGGCCUUGGAUAUCAGUAUCCAAGAGAAGAGCUCGUCAGAGUGGUCCGCAAUGCAGAACCAAUAGCCAAGUACCUACAAGAAAUUAUGCGACGGGUCAGAAAAAAUCCACCACCUAACAUCCCCUCCAAGUCCCUGAAUAUAUUCAGUAAAGCUAAAUGGUCUCAGAGUGUUACAGGCUACUUUAAGAGAAUCACGUACUCGAACUUGGAAAUGAUGGUGGUUUGUAUAACAGAGAAAUGCCAGUUUCUCUUGAGGAAUGGUUAUUCCUGCAAAGAUAUUGCUGUGAUUUUCAGCACAGCAAGUGAUGUAGAUGCAUUUAAACAUAAAUUUCAAGAAGCAAUGAGGAAGAUAAGAGCUCAGCUCAAUGAGGAAUCUGAUCAGUUCGUAGUAGAAAAUGCAUCAGCUAUCAUGGGCAAUCACAUUGUAUUGGACAGUGUCCGUCGAUUUUCAGGCCUGGAAAGAAAUAUCGUGUUUGGGAUCGAUCCAAAGGCAGCUGAGUCAGCUGUUUUGUACAAUCUUGUCCUCUGUCUGGCUUCUAGGGCAAGGAAACAGCUGUAUAUUUUUAUUCCCUCAUUUUAAUGAUGGUCUUAAUUUUUCCUAUCAUAAGCACAGUAUAUGCUUCCACUUGUUUGUAUCUCCCUCAAUUUCUUCCUUCAGGAACUUAUACUUUUCUGAUUACAGGUCUUUUACCUCCUUGGUUAAAUUUAUUU